CAUUUGGCUGCGAAUGUGCUUUUUCCACUUUGUUUGGUAGUCGGGUAGGUUGGAAUAGGAAUAUGCUUUACGGUAUAGUGCAGCAAUGGAAGGGCGAUAAUGGAAAUUUUAAUGAUUUUUUCUACGCAUGGAAAACAAAUCAAGCUUCGAGAUUUCCUGACAUAUGCAUAUAUUUUUAUUAACCUGACAUUUUAUAUUUUAAUUUCGGUAGAAUCUGUUGCAUUAACAUCGUUUCAGUGUCACGAUGUACAAUGCGUUCACGGUGUUUGCAGGGAAGGCCGUUGUAUAUGUAACCCGGGGUGGCAGGGAAUUGGAUGUCAUCGUUGCGGUGGUCGGGUCAGAUUAACAGAACCAUCUGGCUUCAUCAUCGAUGGCACUGGAAACUAUAGUGUUGAUAUGCAAUGCACCUGGCUUAUUGAAAGUGGCUUACCUAAUAGCACUAUUAGAUUGGAGGUAGCACAUUUUGAAACUGAAUGUAGUUGGGAUCAUUUGUAUAUAUUUGAUGGAGAUUCUGUGUUUUCUCGAUUACUUGCAGCUUAUAGCGGAGUACUUGUAAGAUAUGGAACACCUUCUGACAAAUUAUCUGAAAUUGUCGCAACAUCAGGAAGUGCAUAUAUCUACUUUUAUAGUGAUGCUGCAUAUAACAUGAGUGGUGUAAAUAUUACGUAUAGCAUUAACAGUUGCCCAAAAAAUUGUUCUGGACGGGGACCAUGUGUUGAUGGCUUUUGUACUUGCUGGGCAAGUUGGACUGGUGAAGCAUGUGAUGUUCCUGUUUGUCCUUCAAAUUGUCAAGACAAUGGCGAAUGUGAUGUUGAGCAUCAUCGAUGUAUUUGUAAACCUGGCUACACUGGUUUUGAUUGCAGUUUUAGAAUUGAUGAAGGGUGGUGGGCGGAGGAGCCAGCUAAACUUAAAAUACAAGGGCGUGCUUUACACGAAGCUGUUGUCAUUGGUGAUGAAAUGUGGGUUAUUGGAGGAGAAAAUUUUCACCACGCAAGUUUUCAAAAUAUGAUUAGGUAUAAUUUUAUAAAGAGGAAUUGGAAAGUGAUUGCUAGUAAUUCCACUGUUGAGCCAUUAUCCAGAUAUUGCCAUUCUGUUGUUACAUAUGAGGAUAACCUUUACAUGUAUGGUGGUAUGUUGUAUAAUGGAACAGUUCUUAAUGAAUUAUGGCUUUUUAACACAACUAAACGGACGUGGCAUUUGUUAUCAAAGAUGACUAUGGAUCAAAAUUGCCAUUCUGAGCCUUGUAGUCCAUUAGCUGCCAUGGGACACACUGCAACAGUUGUUGGAAACUAUAUGAUUGUUAUAUUUGGUCAUAAUCCUGUAUAUGGUUAUUUAAAUACUGUACAGCACUAUAACUUUGGAUCCAACCACUGGGAACUAAUUGUUACUAAAGGAGCCAUCGUAAAAGGUGGUUAUGGUCAUACUAGUGUGUAUGAUAGUGGAACUCAAAGAAUAUAUGUGUAUGGCGGUUAUCAUUCUUAUGGAGCAGAAGCAGCUUUAGUAGAUUUCUUAUAUGCUUAUAAUUCUUGGGAAUAUACUUGGGUUUUACUAACUCCUAGCCAGUCUCAUCGCUAUCUUCAUAGUAGUGUUAUUUUAAAUGGAAUGAUGCUUGUUUUUGGAGGAAACACCCAUAAUGGCACUUCUUAUAGUAAUGGUGGGCAAUGUUUUUCAGCAGAUUUUCAAGCUUAUGAUAUAGCGUGUGAUACCUGGCAUACUAUGAAUUUUCCAUCCAUUCACAAUCAAAAUAUAGCAAGAUUUGGCCAUUCAGCAGUUGUAUAUAAUGGUUCUAUGUAUGUAUUUGGAGGGUUUAAUGGACAAAUGCUGAAUGAUAUACAGAAGUUAACUCCUGGCUCUUGUGAGAAAAAUGCUAACAACGGAGCUUGUGAAAAAGCUGCUCCAGGAAUAAAGUGUGUUUGGAAUUUUGAAAAGAAAAUUUGCCAACCUUUUUCAGUAACAUCAAAAGUUGCUUCCUAUCAUACAUGUUCCAGGAGAGGAGCUAAUGUGACCUCAUUAUGUGGGCGUCUAACAUCUUGCCCUAGCUGUUUAGAAAACACCUAUGGCUGUGUUUGGUGUGGUUCAUCUUGCUCACAUGGCCGAUGUGGUAAAAAUAUAAAGGAAACUAACGUUCCAGAGAAAUGUGAAGUUGCAGAAAGUAGCAAUUGUGACAAACUCCAUAACUGCCAUGCUUGCCAUACUGAAUAUCAUUGCGGAUGGCAAACAGAUGAAAAAUGCUAUACUUUUGUUCGAGAAUCAAGCAAUGGUACUGAAAAAGCAAUUCUUAAUGAUGAUUAUCGAGUGAAAUGUGAAAUUCCUUGCAGUAGUAGAACCACUUGUGAAAAUUGCACUCAAGGUCCUUGCAUGUGGUGUAGCAGCCAGCAAAUAUGCAUUGAAUCAAAUGCAUAUGCAGCAGUAUUUCCUGUUGCUCAGUGUAUGGAAUGGACAACUCAAAUGACAAAAUGUCGAGGUUUAAACUGCAGAGAUAUUCAAACUUGUGACCAAUGUCAGAAGAAUCCUAGGUGUGGAUGGUGUGAUGAUGGAAGUGGGACUGGAUUAGGAGUAUGUCUUGAAGGUUCAGCAGCUGGGCCAGUUGUUAUGGGCCAAUCUACAUAUUUAUUGAACAAUACUGUUUGCUCUGCAGGGCAAUGGUUUUUUACUACUUGUCCAGCAUGCCAAUGUAAUGGUCAUAGUACUUGUGUCAAUGGUACUGAGAAAUGCGUACUACCAUGCCAGCAUCUUACUGAAGGAAGCCAUUGUCAACAAUGCAUGGCUAGUUACCAUGGUGAUCCUGUUAAUGGAGGAAACUGCACACCAUGCUUUUGUAAUAAUCAUGGUGACUUGUGUCAUCGAGAAACUGGGAGAUGUUACUGCACUACAAAAGGGAUUAAUGGACCCCAUUGCAAUAGGUGUGAUGAGUCAAAUCACUAUGUUGGCAAUCCUGAGGAAGAAAAUGGUUCAUGUUUUUACAAUCUCUCAAUUGACUUUCAGUACACUUUUAAUAUGUCAAAACCGGAAGAUCGUCAUUACACAAACAUCAAUUUUAUGAAUAUUCCUGUAAAACCAGAUGUAGAUGUUGAUUUCACGAUUUCUUGCUCAGAUUCAGCUCUUGUUAAUAUAUCAGUUGCUUCAUCUUCAUCUCCUGAAAAAUUCUUAGAUGAAAAUCACAAGUGUGGAACUUUUAAACUUCGGUUUUCACAUGACGAUCAUGUCUUUGGUGCUGACAAUUCAACUUUCUAUGUUUAUGUGUUCAAUUUCAACACCCCUUUUGUACUACAAAUCUCUUUUUCUCAGCACAGGCAGCUUGAUCUUUUACAAUUUUUUAUUACUUUUUCCAGUUGUUUUUUAUCCCUUUUGAUAAUGGCUGCUGUAAUGUGGAAAAUAAAACAAAAAUAUGAUCUUUAUAGAAGAAGACAAAGAUUGUUUGUUGAAAUGGAACAAAUGGCUAGUAGGCCAUUUGCUGGUGUUGCAGUAGAAUUAGAUGCUCAACUUGUCAUCAUAUCAGCUCACACUGGGAGCGAGGAUCGCCGAAAGAAGGUAAUAAUCCGUAAAAAGUGCCAUCCAACUCCUAUUGCACUUGAACCUUGUUCUGGAGGUAAAGCUGCUGUUUUGUCCCUUAUUGUUAGACUACCUCCAGGGGAAGAGGAAUACACUCCUGCUGGCCAAUCAGGCCUUGGAAUAGCAAGUGCAUUAGUAUCUUUAGGAACUUUAUGUAAAGGAAAUACAGAUGUAAUUAAAGAGUCCUGUAAGCUUGAUUCUUGGAAAACUAGUUCGAAUUCUAGUACGUGUAUAUAGGACUUUGGUACUUAAUUUAAAAAAGGAAAUGGAGCUAUUGAUGAACUUCAUCACUCUGUUUUCUGGAGCUCCGAGUGUUGUGCAGGGCUUGCAACAUGAGUCUUUCCAGUUGAUUUCCCUUGUCAAAUGUGAAGGUUUAAGGGAAAAUGUGAAUAGCUGUAUAGUUAAAUAUAAUUAUAUGUGUGUUUAUUUUUUAUUAGUUUAUGUUAACACCUACAAGCUAAGUCAUUUAUAUAUUAGGAUGCACAUAUAAAAAAACUCAGUUUUCCAAUUUCCAGACUUUUCAGUAUCCAUCUCUGCUCUAUUUAUUCAGCAAGUUAAAUUAGGAUUGAAUCAAUCAAACUUAGUUCCUGGAAAGAUAGUGCUUAAAUGUCACUCCUAUUUUUCUUGCUCAGAAAUAAAGUAACUGCUAUUCUUGCGGUCUCAGAUUGGUACAAAGUAGUUGUGAUACCUAUAAAAGACGAAUACUUUUGUAUUGUUUGUAAGCGUUAUUUACUUGUAUAAAACUCUGUAUAGAAUCCCAUCCAACUAUUUCAUCAUCGUAAGAGGCACUUGUUUUUAUUUAUUUUGACCAACAGUAAUAUGACUGAUAGAAGUAAUUUUUUAAAGCUUUUUAGCUGUUAUUUUUAAUCUUAAGUGUUUUAAAUAUUUUAUCAAAGAAUUAUAUUUUAAGUAGUGCAUUUAACAAGGCUGUCUUAUUUAUUAUAUAUUACAUGUAUUGGUGUUUUAUAAUUUUGUGAACAGUUUUGUGCUUGUAAUUAUUUUAAUAAGAUAUGUAAAAAAAUUCAAUGUAUAUAAUUUGUAUUAUGUGUGUUUUUUAUUUGUGUUAAUAUUUGAAUGCAAAGAUGUAUAUGGUGUGUAUAUAAAUGUUGACAUAUGAAUUAUUGAUGGAGAGGAUAAAAUUAUUUUCAAUUAACAUAUUUAUUCAAAAUAUAAACUGGCUGUUUAAUAAACCCGAAUUAGCCAAGAAAAAAUAAUGUACCUGUUAGAUCUGAAAGCAAUUUUAAAAUAAUCUUUUCACCUAUUUACUAUUUCAAGAUUUUAAAAUAAGGAAAAAUCACCAUGGUUUCUAUUUCAUUAUUUUAGUUUUUGAUCUCAUUAUUUUAAUAUUUUAUUUUUAUAUUUUUAUUAAAUUAGAUUUAAAAAAAACUAAAAUCUGACCUAAUGCUCUAUGCUGUUAUUAUAUAUAUAAUUGAUUGAUAUUUGAUUUAUUGUAUGUUUGGAUUGUGUGAUGAUUGUAUGCCUGGUAGAAAACUAUUAUAUAUUUAUUGUAUUAUUUUUUAUCAUUUCAUUCUUGAACUUUUUUUCUGCUUACAUUAGAUAUUAUUCAAAUCGCCAAAUUGAAAGAAAAAAGAGUUCUAUUAAUUUCUGCUUUAAACAAUUUGCCUUUGCUUGGAAGAAUUUCUCUCACUUUUGUCUCGAUUUUAAUAUUAUACACAAUAUAUUGAUAAAAUAAAAAAUCUAAGUUUAUUUGAGAUAGCAAUAAAUAAUAACUUAUUGAAUCAAAAAUCAUUUGAAAUGAUUUUCUAUGCACUCAAACCUUACUAUGCAGUCAUUCAUAAUCAUCUUCAUUGUAAUUUAUUCAUUAUAUUCCAGUAAAUAGCAAUAAUUAUUUAAAUUAUUCAUUGAAAACCUCAUUUGUGUGUGGUGUCUGCUCAGUAUUGUGAUCCUAAUUUAUACAUUUAAUGAAGUAUAUGUCUAAAGCUUUUUAAAUUAAUAAUAUCUUAAUUAUAAUAAGAAAUUGCUACUGUUGUUUAUUAUAAAAAAUUACUACUUUUGUAUAGGAAUAUUUUAUGUUUUAAUUGCUUAAAAAUUUUAUAAUUUUUUUUGUUUUUAUGAAACUUGUUGCUUAAUAUUGAAAAGGGUUUAAAUAUAAUUAUUAUUUAUAAAUAAAUAUGAUUUCACAAUUUUUAUUUAAAAUAAAUAUUUCCUGCUAAUUUUAAAUAUCAAUUAUUUUAUAAAAAUUGUUUAAUUUGAUAAUUUUUUAUUUUUUUGUAGAAAUAUAAAAAUUAAUUUUUUUUAAAUAAUUGCUUUAAUUUAAAAAUUAACAAAAAACCUUUUUCUUAAUAACUGAAGCUCAGGAACAAGAGGCUUAACUAACAUUUAGAUUUUUCUGUAAUCAAUUAGUUUUGUGGUAGUAAUAUUUAAUGCUCAUUUUUAAGCAAAAUUGAAUGCUAUUUAUUCUAUGACUUUUUAUCUGUCAUCAUUGUACUUUCAAUUGAAUCAUUAGUUUCACAUAAAGCAUUUUUUUAAUUUACUGUUUCUUCUUCAAGUUUCAUGCCCAGUUUUUUAUAAUGGCAUUGAAUAAACAAAACAUUAUAUUUA